AUCGGGCCACUAAGCACAAGAAUAGGAAUUGUAUCAUUUUCGAAAAAAAUAUUUCACGUUGCAUUUUUAAAUAACACUCAAAACAAAUUCCAAUAUAAACGAACUGUGAAGCAAAUGAAUCUAGUCCUAGAACCUGGACGAAGCCUGCGUAGAGAUUGCGGGACAUCGACCAAUAAGGCACUAGAGUCGGUCAGACUUGAUUAUUUUACUCCAAGGGGAGGCGACCGACCUGAAAAACCAAAUAUAUUAUUCGUAUUAAGCGACGGCUUAACGGUACCAGCGGUAAAUAAGAACCUCACGAUACUAGAAGCUGAGAAAUUAAAGAAAAUGAAAAUACCGACAUUUGUUAUGGGACUACCAAAUCAACGACAAAUAGAAUUAAACAAACGCAAUGUGUACAUAGGAGAUGAGGAAUGGUUCGCCAUCGCUUCAGCGCCAGAAAAUGUUUUUAAAAUGGAAUUUGACACCCUAACUAGAAAGAUUGCGUUUCUUGCUUCUCAAGUUUGCACUGUUGAAAAUUAAACCCCUCCACGAAGGUAUGUACGCUAGUAAUACUUUAACUACACUACUGGAUGACUGAAUAACAUAUUACGUCAGACAAAAUAGUAUGUGGUUCAAGCAGUACUUUUAAAAACGAACCCGUAUGCAUGUAUAUCAAUUAAAUAAGCUCUAAUGGAAUUGGAACACUUACAUGUGCCCACUACAUACAGAAACAAAAGAGAC